CAUUGAUGAAGUUUAGCAUCAGUGGUCUUUUCAUCAUCUGUUCCCAACAGUUUCACUGUCACAAAGUAUAUUUUGACACAUGAAACAUUAGAUACAACAAUUUUAUAGUCUGAAACUCUGGACCAUCUUGUAAGGAGUGCUGGUGUUGAAGGACAGUAUUAUAUUCUAUCUGCAGGUAAUAAAAACAUGUGACUGCUUUUAUCUCUGAUAAUGAUUAACUAAUGGAAGAUGUUGGUGAGGUUGAGAUCAGAUUCUGACAUUGUUGAACAGAACUGCGACGCCAUUACACCGUGAGAUCUCUGACUGAUCACUUGAAGGAUUUUAAGCAGCAACCUGAAGAAACUGGAUCUAUUUUUCUGAUCAUUUGGAAACGACAGAAAUGGCUGAAAAAAGUGCUCUUUUAAAAGGUUACUUGGAUUGUCAUUUAUGUUUGGAAACUUUCAGAGAUCCUGUGUCUCUGGGCUGCAGCCACAGCUUCUGUUCAAGCUGCCUGCAGAAAUUCUGGAAACAAACAAAAAUAAAAAAUUGUCCUAUUUGUAAAAGAAAAUCAUCAAAGGAAGAUCCUGGGGCGAACUUUUCCUUGAAAGAACUGGCUGACUCCUUUGCUGGGAGACAGAAAUCUGGAUCAACUGAGACAGAAAAAGAAGAGAAGAAAAAAGAGACGGUGAGAUGUAAACAUCCAGAAGAGACUAGAUUGUUCUGUAAGGAUGAAGACAGAGCUGUGUGUCCUGUCUGUGAGUUUUCUCUCCACCAGAGUCACAAAGUGGUUCCUAUAGAACAAGCAGUCAGUGACCUGAAGGACCAGCUGAAAUCUGACUUACAGUCUCUGCAGGACAAGAGGGACAAAUACAAACAAGUGGAGGAAACAUACAAUGAAGUGAGUCAACAGUCCAAGAAGCAGCUGUUGUCCACAGAGAGACAGAUCAGAGCAGAGUUCAACAAGCUCCACCAGUUCCUGAAAGAGGAAGAGGAGUCCAGACUGGCAGCUCUGAGGGAGGAAGAGGAGCAGAAGGGGAAGACUAUCAGCAGAGAGAUGAAGAGGAUUCAGGAGCAGAUCUCCUCUCUGUCAGACAGUAUCUCUGCUGUUGAAGAAGAGCUGCAGAAACACAAGGUGCCAUUCCUCAGCAGUUAUAAAGCCACUCAGACCAGAGCCAGAGUCCAGUGCUCACUGUCAGAUCCACAGCUGCUCUCAGGAGCGCUGAUAGAUGUGGCCAAACACCUGGGCAACCUGUCCUUCAGAGUCUGGGAGAAGAUGAAGGAGAAGGUCCACUUCACUCCUCUCAUUCUGGACCCAAACACUGCAGCCUACAAUCUCUAUCUGUCUGAUGAUCUGACCAGUGUGAGACGUGGAGACACAAACCAGCAGCUUCCUGAUAAUCCAGAGAGAUUCACUAAGUAUGUAGAGGUUCUGGGCUCUGAGGGCUUCAGCUCAGGGAAACACAGCUGGGAGGUGGAGGUGGGAGAUCAUCCUGACUGGUUUGUAGGUUUGGCUAAAGAGUCAGUUGACAGGAAGGGAGAGAGAACUGCUUCACCAAAAUCUGGAGUCUGGUGUUUAUCACAUCAGAGUGGAAAAUACACUAAUGUUGUUGGUCAGACUGUCAGAGUGAAGAAGAGUCUCCAGAGGAUCAGAGUCCAGCUGGACUAUGACAGGGGGGAGGUGUCCUUCUACGACCCUGAAGACAAAAUGACUCACAUCUGCACUCACAGAGACACUUUCACUGAGAAACUCUUCCCAUGGUUCAGUCUUGGAAAGGCUGGUGAUGCUAAAACUGCUGAUAUCAAAAUCUGUCCAACAGAUUUCUCUGUGCUGUUUAGAAACGGUGGUGAGGUUUAACUGAUUCAUCAUGUUCUUUGUUUAUCAUGGUGAUAGAUAGUUUCAGUUCUCGAUACGAAAAGAGGUAAAAAAAAAAAAAAAAAAAAGUGCCAGGCAAUUCAGUUAUGAGAUUGUAAAUAAAUAAAUAAAUCAGGUAGAGGCAUGAAUAAUGGUGGAUAAGUAAUUACAGGGAAAAGAAGAAUUAACAGUCGAUAAUUUUGUGUUUCAAUGUUUCAAAGAUUGUGGAGGAGGAAAAAAUCAAUUAAAGGGUAAAUGUUAAUAAUUAGAGUGAGACUGACUUACUUUUAGUCUAAUUAUCUGUGAAACUAUGUAGUUCAAGCUUAAGGUCUGUUUUUAUGGAUCAUUUUGAGGUUUUUGAGAUUGCUCAGAUUGUUUAAAGCCUUGGAAUAUUUAAUGUUUUUUGUCAGUUCAGAGAUAAAUUCCAGUUAGUUCUUUCACACGUUAUAAUAAUUUAAUGUUAAAGUACAGGAAGAAAAUGUAGAGAUCCAGGUUAAAGAACCUUGAUUAAUAACUGAGUCAGAGACACUUUGUCAGACUGGUGUGAGCGCAGCAGCAGGAGAAUCCCCAAGUGCAGUCAACGAGACAAACGAUACAGUUCAGGGAUUUAUUGUCUAAAAUGAGGGUCCAAAAGUUUGUCCACUCCUGAGGGAGACAAGGACGUCCAAAAGAUCAGGCAGUGUGUCAGGAGGACAUACAGAGAGUUUCAGUGAUACACAACAACUUUUUGUUCUUUUAAACAUUCUGCAGAGUUGAUUUGGUUACCAAGGUGACAGAAAUGUUUUGCUUAUUGUCUGUACAGUCUGUAAUUAAUGAUUCAAAGUGGUUUUCAUGGAGGUUUGUUCUUAAAUUUAUUGGGAUCUCAUUUAUUUUUGAUCUACUUAUCUACUAUCUACUUACUAUUUAAUUAAUGUCAACUAAAUAUUUGGUGAUUU